AAGGCAUCAUUUUCCCUUUAGUGAGGAUGACCUUUUGAAAAACAAAAUCCACUUUUCAUCCUUAUUGAAAUAAUCUCUUGGAUGUAUAUUCUUUUUUUAAAAACUUAUCUUUACUAUUGAAACUAUUACGUAUGUCCCUGUGAUUUAUAUUCUUACACAGCCUCGCUACAUCAUUGUCUUUUGGGUCCAAAUUGUGGAACCAACUUAUUAACCUGUCACACUUAAUUGAGCCUGCUGUACUCAGCAUCUGCCAGUUGGCCACUUGGAGCUUAACUCAUCUACUGUGUUUACCUUGCAGGAUUCUGAGAAGUCAAAAAUAAAUAAAUACUAAACCCAAGGCAAGACCCCCAAUAAUCAUGUUGUUAUUAUUAUAAUUACUGCAAUGCUAGAGACUGUGGAGAUGUAGUUUAAAAGACCCAGUUCUGACCUUACAGGCUGGUGGCGAGACAUGCUUUCUUAUAAUGAAGGUAUUGUUAGGUAUCAUACGAGCACAGAGAUGAGCGGGUACCUCUGUGUAAGCAAGUCAGGGAAACGGCAGGCCACCUAGCGCAGACUGAGGAUGCCCUCCCAGGAGCAGGUGGUGUUUCUUCCAAGGAUUUGUGAGUAGUGCCUGCCGUUCCCUGUGAAGCCUUCACUGUGCAUUUUACCAUGACCCUUUCAUUUUGUUGCCCAUUUAAAACAAACAAAAAGUAACAGCUCUGAUGUGUUAUCAUUUGUAAAUGUUUGCCCUGUUCUACAAUGAGCUUAGUUUGUAUUUCCAGCCCAGCCAGCACAUUCUCUGUUGUUCCGCCCUUUGUGCUCCUCCACUCUUGCCCUUUGAACCUUCUCCUUUUUUCUCUAUCCACUGAAAACUGAUGGAGAAUUACUUUCAUUCAUUGUUUUUACUGAAAUGUAAUUGAUCAACUUUUUUUUAAAUUUAAAAGCAGAUUGCUGAAUGAUUAGAUAUAUUUCCAGCAACCUUUCCCCUCGAUCUCACAAAAACUCGACUCCAAAUGCAAGGAGAAGCUGCCCUUGCUCGGCUGGGAGACAGCGCAAGAGAAUCUACUCCCUACAGGGGCAUGGUGCGCACAGCCCUCGGGAUUGUCCAAGAGGAAGGCUUUCUAAGGCUUUGGCAAGGAGUGACACCUGCCAUUUACAGACACGUAGUGUACUCUGGAGGUCGAAUGGUCACAUAUGAACAUCUCCGUGAAGUUGUGUUUCGCAAAAAUGAAGAUCAGCAUUAUCCCCUUUGGAAAUCAGUGAUUGGAGGGAUGUUUGCUGGUGUGGUUGGCCAGUUUUUAGCCAACCCAACAGACCUAGUGAAGGUUCAGAUGCAAAUGGAAGGAAAAAGGAAACUCGAAGGAAAACCACUGCGAUUUCGUGGUGUGCAUCAUGCAUUUGCAAAAAUCUUAGCUGAAGGAGGAAUACGUGGGCUUUGGGCAGGCUGGGUACCCAAUGUACAAAGAGCAGCGCUGGUGAAUAUGGGAGAUUUAACCACGUAUGAUACAGUGAAACACUACUUGGUAUUGAAUACAACACUUGAGGACAAUAUCAUGACUCACAGUUUAUCUAGUUUCUGUUCUGGACUGGUAGCUUCUAUUCUGGGAACACCAGCUGAUGUCAUCAAAAGCCGAAUAAUGAAUCAACCACGAGAUAAGCAAGGAAGGGGACUUUUGUAUAAGUCAUCCACUGACUGCUUGAUUCAGGCUGUCCAAGGAGAAGGGUUCAUGAGUCUGUAUAAAGGCUUUCUACCAUCUUGGCUGCGAAUGACCCCUUGGUCACUGGUGUUCUGGCUUACUUACGAAAAAAUCAGAGAGAUGAGUGGAGUCAAUCCAUUUUAAGCCCUUAAAGAGACAGUGUUCAGUAUCAGUGAAAUAUGGGCAUCUGUAACACCCCCCUAUUAUUUCUACCUCGUUAGGAAGACACCUUCCACUACAGAGACUGUGAUUUAUAGGGGACAGCACUUUGUUUUUCUCUGGAAGCCCGAGUUCUCUCUGACUCCUCUUUGUUCAGAAGCAAUCUGUGUGGAUAACACAGGCCACCCAGUGGACCCAGCAGAGCACUUUCUAAAGACGAAUGCAAGCCUGACCACUUCCCUUGGGAGAUCUGACCUUUGAGACGCUGUUCUGUGCUGAAGAGAAUAACAGGAGAAGUGCCAGUGGGAGACAGCAGCUCAGAUCUGGAGUAGACAAUAGGGAUGGGGAAGAAUACACACAUACAUAGUGACGAAGAAAUAUACUUAACCCGUUAUGUCAGUAUUUCCAAUUGACACUUGAUAAUUCACUUUCCUGUUGUUGUUAACGUGCACAUACUGUACAUUACAUAGAAGUGGAUGAAAAUUCAUGAAUAAAUACUUUGAAUUUCCCUAGUGUUGAAGGACGUUAAUGUACCAUUUCUUGCCAGGAAGAUGAAAAAAUCAAGGUGGUAGGAUGUUUGAAUUUGAAGGAAAGAAGCUGCUUUCUGUCAGCGCCCCGUCGUUAGUUAGACCUGUGUUAACUGGUCAGCACUCCACGCACCUGCUGGGGGCUUCUGACAGCCACAGACUGAAGCUUGAUGAAAACAGAGUAUUUACUUUGUCCCAUGUCCCGCUACAACCUGGAUUUGUUGCUAGCUCUCAAGAAACUUCAAUAUAUUAAAAAUUCAACUCACUUGAUUAAAGUGCAGGUGGAUAGAUCUUUUUAUAAAGCAUCUUGUUAUCAUAAGCCCUUUAGUGGCAAUUUAAAAGCAAGGCUGAGGUUAAGUCAGCCAGUUCUGACAUGUACUGGUACCCUCUCUUGUUUCCCCUUCCCUAACACCGAGGACUCUAGAAAGAGAGAGAGCCAGAACUCAGAAAUCACACUGAAGCUGUCUCUAGCCUGAAUCUUACUCAGUUUGACAGCUUCCUGCCAAAAAGUGAUAACUGCCUAGGAUAUAGUUAUAUCUCCCUCCAAUCCCUCAAUCACAUCCAUUUUCUAAUUUUAGAAAGAUGAGAGAGUUCUUCAGAUUCACCCGUAUCCACCUGCUCCCCCAGCACCAGACAGUGGGCAUGUCUGGGUGGAUGGCUGCAGUUAUGGGUAAAUGUUGUAACUGUCAAAAUAGGAAAACUCAGAAAGCCCAGACCUAAGAAACCUGACCUUGAGUCUAACCAAACAAUUGUUAUGGACCGAGAUGCUGUUGAAAAGGUUUACAAGUGCUCUGUGAUUGCACUAAUGCACAAUCACUGCCAUUGAAGAGGGGAAAUGUACUCUAAAAUAUAUUUUCGUGUGAUAAACUAAUUUGCUGAUUUUUCUGUACAGUUUGCAUGAAAUCUUUAGGUGGUGUAGUUUCCCACUGCGUUUGUCAAUCUGUAUGAAUCGAGUUGUUAAAUACAUUUAAAAUUAUACUAUGUAAUUACAUUCCCAAGUGUUCUGCAUUAGAAACACUUGGAGAACUUCUGUUAUUUUAUGUUUUAUAAUAAUUAAAAUUAAGUAAAGACUUAAUUUCUUAUUAUACUAGAUCAAAAGAACUAUAUGAAACUGUACCCUAAAAAUAUUUAUUUAGCUUUAUAAAUAAAUAAAUAACACUCCUUCGGUUUUUCGGGUAAAAACACUGCUUAAGUACCAAGAUUCCUCUUUGGUACCUGGACUCAACAUGAGUGAUUGGAAUUUUUUAACCUGAAAUGACUUCCUAGGGCCAUCUGGUUUAACUCUUUGAUUUUACAUGUUAGAAAACUAAGGCUCAGAGAAUUAGAGUUGUUCAUGCUUGUAAGUUACUUAGUAGCAGAGCCAGGAUAAAAAUACAGAUCUAAUUACAACUAACAGCUAUUGUACUGAUUUUUCUUUAUGGAAUUUGUUGUCUUAUUCAUGUUAACUUCAGUUGCCUUUAGCGUAAAUUUUAAAAUGGAGACACCAUGCUUUAGUUUGAACAUUAAGACCCUCAUACUCUGACCAAAUCCUGUAUAUUUAACACAUAUAAGCCCAUCACAUUCACACUUUUCCAGGGAAAUCAUGUUCAUUCAUGUAUUUUGGAACUUUGCUUUACUUUUACCAACUUAAAAUCAUCUUGCUCCUCUUCAAAAUAAUAAAAAGUAAAUAAAAAGGAAUAAAAAGUUCAGUAAUUUUGUGUUCAUACUAAAAGACUUAACCAUUUCAAUCUUACAUUCUUAUUAUAUUACUUCAAUAUGUGGUUUUAUCUUCACUUCAGAAUUGAUAACACUUAACAUCUGUUUCUUUUGCUUAACCUCCACAUUUUUUCUCUUCCCAAAUCAUUUUUUCUUGUUGAAAAAAAAUAUAUUCUUACUUUCAGUUAUAUAAUUAUUUAUUCUUUAUAAAUGACUUAGCAUAUAUAUCUAAAUAAAGAGAUAAUAGUUCCUAAAUUUGCUUUUAGUAAGGAACAAUGUGUCUUUAUCAAGUUCUCCAAAUGUAUAUUUUAUUGUGACUAGGGGUAGGACUAUGUCUUUAUGUCUUGUUUUAUAUAUAUAAUAUAUAUCACUAUUCAUUAGUAGCAUUUCUUUGAUGUUUGGUACUCAGAAAAUGUUGAUUACAGUUACAUACUGCAUGAAUCAGUUAAUUUUCUCUUCAUUAUUUUAAGAACUUAUCAUAAAACUAGUCUGAAAUUUCUUUCACUUUGCUAAGAAAAAGUAAACAUUCAGAAAUGUAAAAAAAAAAAUGCUGUUCUGUUAUUUUCAAAGAUUUAAGCACAACCAUUAACAAUUUAAAUAGUUUUGUAUGUUUUUCUUCAUAAAUGAAAAUAGAUUCUCUCAGGACCUGUGGUUAUAAAAACAAAUGGUGGGGGGGCUAUUGUCUUCUUCCCAGUUAAACAUUGACUCUUAAAAAUGAUUACCAAACAAAUAUAUAUUAUAAUUCAAUGCCAGAUAAUGUGGAUAAAGGAUAGUGACCACACUAUCCUUUAUCUAAAGACCUUUAUCAGAUUUGGUGUUCUACUCUGACAAAGCCUAACUAUAAUCAGUUUCCUUCACUUCCCAUGAUUCUUGAUUUCUACUUCUUGAUAAGGUGAAGUGAUUAAACUCUAGAAUCUUAAAUUGCAUAGACUUGAAGGGGGCCAUUAUAUUUAUGCCAGGUGAAAGAGAGAAGAUUAAAAGUAUUUAUUGGGAUUUUUGUUUUCUGGUCUUAAUUGAUUUGUCAUAUUUCAAGAUUGGGAAAGGUUUAUUCAGGCGUUAAAGUAUAACACAAACUUAAAAAAAAAAAGAUUGAAAAGUAUAAUACAUUUUAUAUGGCUGGCCUGUCUCACUCAGAAAUCCACCAAAUAGCAGUCAUCUUCAGACAACUCUGGGCAUGUCAGCCCAUAUUCUUCUCUUCAAUUGCUCCUUUCUACACACAAUAAAAAUUAAAAUUCUUAGUACUAUAUGCAAGAACCUCUCCAUAUGACUCCAUUUCCUAACCUUUGCAUUUCACUGCAUACCUGCACUCUACCUCCUUUUACAUGCAUUGCUCACUAAUUUCUCUGGAGAUGCUCCCGGCUGCCUUUCAUGCAGUGUUCACACUGGGCUCCCCAACAGACUUUCCACCAUCACUACUACCCAUCCCUUCUCAUUUCCAUCAGUUACAUCCAGAAGUAACAUCUAGAAUGAUCUCUGAGGACCUAGACAUCUUCAACCCCCGUCUUCCCACUGCCUCUUCUACUGCAGCUAUAUGUCUGAAUGUAUGGGUGUGUGCCUGUGUCCCCUCCGCUACAUCUCUGUUUCUCGUACAAUUCAAACAGGAGCCAAUAAAAAGGUAUUGAUUGAAUUCAGAGAUUUUUGAGGGGCGGAGAGAGAAAAAUUUAGGCACACAUGGUUAAGUCAUUUGUUGUUUUCUUCCUACUGUCGGAGUAAUUAUGUUAAGUCAGCAACACUUGAUUCUUGACCAUAUUACCAGUAAAUGCUUAACUGCAUUUUCCUAAGAUCACAUGUUUACAUGUAUGUAAUUAACAUUUUAAAGAGGUAUUAAUCAGUUUAAUAGC